CGUCUUGUGAACCCUCUCCUUGUCUCCCGUCCGACAGGGCCCAGACAUGGAGCUGCGGGAAGAGGCCUGGUCUCCGGGGCCGCUGGACUCUGAGGACCAGCAGAUGGCCAGUCACGAGAACCCAGUGGAUAUCCUCAUCAUGGAUGACGACGACGUCCCCAGCUGGCCCCCGACCAAGCUGUCCCCGCCCCCGUCGGCGCCCCCCGCCGGCCCCCCGCCCCGGCCGCGGCCGCCCGCGCCCUACAUCUGCAACGAGUGCGGCAAGAGCUUCAGCCACUGGUCCAAGCUGACGCGGCACCAGCGCACGCACACGGGCGAGCGGCCCAACGCCUGCGCCGACUGCGGCAAGACCUUCUCGCAGAGUUCGCACCUGGUGCAGCACCGGCGCAUCCACACGGGCGAGAAGCCCUACGCCUGCUCCGAGUGCGGCAAGCGCUUCAGCUGGAGCUCCAACCUCAUGCAGCACCAGCGCAUCCACACGGGCGAGAAGCCCUACGCCUGCCCCGACUGCGGCCGCAGCUUCACGCAGAGCAAAAGCCUGGCCAAGCACCGGCGCUCGCACAGCGGCCUCAAGCCCUUCGUGUGCCCGCGCUGCGGCCGCGGCUUCAGCCAGCCCAAGAGCCUGGCGCGCCACCUGCGGCUGCACCCCGAGCUCUCGGGGCCCGGGGUGGCGGCCAAGGUGCUGGCGGCCAGCGUGCGCCGGGCCAAGGCGCCCGAGGAGGCGGCGGCGGCGGACGGCGAGAUCGCCAUCCCGGUGGGCGACGGCGAGGGAAAUCGAGACGUUGGGUGGGAACUAGAGAGACCAAGACGCGACGAAACCCGUGAACGAAAGACCAUUUCGCCCUCUUUCCUUCCCCCGCCGACGGGGCGCCCGCCGCUCGGCCUGGCCUGGCCCCGUCGGUUCUCGGCCGAGCCCGAAUCGAGACGUUGGGUGGGAACUAGAGAGACCAAGACGCGACGAAACCCGUGA